UGCCCGCUGCAGAGGGACGGCGUGUACCGCUGGUUCUCGGAGCUGCCGUCGCCGCAGCGCGUGGAGUUCCUGUGCGGCCUGCUGGACCUGUGCAUCCCGCUGGAGCUGCGCUUCCUCGGCUCGUGCCUCGAGGACCUGGCGCGCAAGGACUACCACUCGCUGCGCGACUCGGAGAUCAAGGCCAACAACCCGGCCGACCUGGGCAGCCUCACCAACCUGACGGACGAGGUGGUGCGCAGCAAGCUGCUGGUGUCGCUGGCGCUGCUGGGCUCGGAGCAGCGCGAGGCGGCGGGCGUGCUCUACCGCACGCUCACGCACAUCGACUCCAUCAUCCACAACUACGGGCUGCAGCUCAACGAGGGCCGCACAGGCGAUGAGUUCCUGCUGCUCUUUACCAUGGCCUCCAACCACCCGGCCUUCAGCUUCCACCAGAAGCAGGUGCUGCGCCAGGAGCUCACGCAGAUCCAGAGCAGCCUGAGCGGUGGCGGCGGGGGCCCCGGGGGCAAGGGUGCUCCCGGACCCACCUGCCCGGCCUGCCACAAGAUGGCCCCCCGGGCGGAGCCCCCCGUGAGCAGCGUGGGCAAUAGCCUGGAGAAGGCGCUGCGCACAUCUGCACAUCCCUCAGAGGAGCCCAAGAGACCGCAGGGCAAGCACGGCAAAGUGAGUGUUGAAAAGAUAGACCUGAAAGGAUUGUCACACACAAAAAGUGACAGGAAUGUUGAAUGUUCCUUUGAGGUCUUGUGGUCUGAUUCUUCAGUAACAGCUGUAACCAGAUCUUCCUCAGAAGUGACCGAGUUCAUUUCGAAGUUAUCCCAGCUCUGCCCUGAAGAGAGCCUGGAGAAGCUCAUUCCCUGCCUGGCGGGCCCGGACUCCUUCUACGUGGAGCGGAACCACAUGGACCUGGAGGCUGGCCUGAGGUAUUUGGCUUCAUUACCUUCUCAUGUAUUAAAAAACGACCAUGUUAAGAAAUUUUUCAGCACUUCGUCUUCUAUCCAACAGCUUCAAAGUCCAAGUCCUGGCAACCCCUCCCUCCCUAAGGUGGGCGCCAUGGUGGGCGCGUCUGGAAGGCCUGUGUGUGGUGUGGCUGGCGUCCCGUCCUCUCAGAGCGGCACCCAGCACCACCUGCAGCACGCGGCCGGCGCGGGCUCUGUGCUGGCCUACCGCACCCAGGUGGACACCGCGCCUGCCAUCCUCAUGCCCUCGGGCCUGCAGGCCCCGCAGCCGCCGGAGCAGAACGGCAUCUUGGAUUGGCUGAGGAAGCUGCGGCUGCACAAGUACUACCCAGUCUUUAAACAGCUCACCAUGGAGAAGUUUCUGAGCCUGACCGAGGAAGACCUGAAUAAGUUUGAGUCCCUCACCAUGGGAGCAAAGAAGAAACUGAAGACCCAGUUGGAGCUGGAGAAGGAGAAGUCAGAGCGACGGUGCCUGAACCCCACGGCCCCACCCUUGGUCACCAGCAGUGGAGUGGCCCGAGUUCCCCCCACAAGCCACGUGGGGCCCGUGCAGACUGGACGCAGCAGCCAUGCGGCAGAGCUGCGGGUGGAGGUGGAGCAGCCUCCUCACCAGGUGCCCCGGGAAGGCGGCAGCUCCUCCGAGUACUCCAGCUCCUCCUCCAGCCCCAUGGGUGUGCAGGUGCGCGAAGAGAGCUCGGACAGCGCCGAGGAGAACGACAGACGUGUGGACGUGCACUUGGAGGGUUCCGACAAGGAGAAGCCCGUCAUGCUGCUGAGCCACUUCCCCUCGACCUCCAGGCCCACAGCCCAGGUCCUGCCUGUGCAGAACGAGGCUGGCUCCAGCCCGGCGGGCCACCACCCCUUGGCCACGCACCUGGCCCCGAUGCGGAUGCUGAACUCCGUGCACAAAGCAGAGCGGGGGGGCCCAGACGUGAAGCUCCCCUCAUCCUCCAUGCACCCGCUCCUGCCUCUGGAGGAGAGGGGCAAAGGGCCCGGGGCCCGGGCCGGUGUGAAGGUGGACAAGGGCUUCGGCGGUGCGGUGCUGGACACACUCCCCCCGGCGGCGCCACACCCGCCUGUGCAGGUCCUCUCGGGACUUUCGGAGAGUAGCGCCGUGUCCCCGACCGUCUCCUUCGGUCCCCGGGCAAAGGUGGUACACGCGGCCACCCUGGACAGGGUGCUGAAGACAGCACAGCAGCCGGCCCUGGUGGUGGAGACCAGCACGGCGGCCGCGGGGACACCCAGCACCGUGCUGCACGUGGCUCGGCCGCCCAUCAAGCUGCUGCUGUCGUCCUCUGUCCCCGCAGAAGCCGCCGCCUCAGGGCAGACGUCCUGCCCCAACAGCGUGCAGAUCAGCGUGGCGCCCGCAAUAAUCAGGUCCAAGGCCCAGGGAAUCCAGUCGCUGCGGCCGGCAGUGCUUCGAGCCGCUCUGCACCAUAACCGACUCCUGCAGGACACCAAGCUCGGCGCUGGAGUCGGCUGUGGCCGGUGCUCCUCGCCCUUAGGGGAGCUGGCAGGCGGUCACUUCUGGGGGUCCUGGGAUGCCAGCCACAGGGCCGAUGCUUUCCGUCUGCUCCGAGGCGUCUGGGAGCUCAGCGACCCUGGGCAGUCAGACCGAAAGUCGCGCGUCUCCCCUUGGUAG